UGUGUUUGUUAUUGUCUAAUGUAACUGAUUGCAGACUUUUGUAGAGCAAUUCAACUCAAUUCAUUCAAACCAUUGCUCCUGUUUGACAGAUCACAGAGCAUACGGAGACAGAGCUUAAGGCGAUCGAAGACUGUCUGAAUGUGUGACCGUUGUGUUCAGUUUUCAGCGAGAGUAAAUAAUAAAUAAACAAACCGGCGUUUGUUGGAAGUCGUUAAGCUACGCUUUGAAAUUUGUGCGCGCAUGCGCUGUCGUCGCUGCAUUCAGUCAAUGGCCAAAUAUCAGCAGCGAAUAUAAGUACCAACAAUUUCGAACGCUCACACUUAGUCGGUCGCUAUUACCAAUUGAAACCACAGCCUGGUCGGCAAAAAAAAACAAGAGCGUCUGGAAGAGCUUUUAGUGCCUUAACGUUUUUUAGGGGAUUUUGAAAAAAAAAACGUACAAAAUAUUAAAAAAAAAAUAAAAUCAAAUAUUUUUUAUGUGUAAAAAUUAGAAAUCAACAUUUAAAUAGUGAAAUACACCGAAUGUAUGUUGCAUGCAAUCCCAUAACAAUUUGAUUUGAAAAAGUGAAUUUUAUUUUGAGUUGGUAUUUUUUUUAUGACGUGUAUAAACAACUUUUAAUUGUGUAAACUAUAACAUAUAUUUAAUAGAGAGAUAUAAAACAAAAAAAAAAAGAAAAUACAAAAAGAAACAACAAAUUAUAACACUUUUUUCAUAUGUUUCAUUACAAGGAAGUGCACCUAUAAAUUUCAUGUUGGAGGUUGUUUUUUUCAUAAAACGUCUGCAGUUAUAAAAAGUAUGCAAGGGAAGCCCAAACAAUAACAAAAUUAUUUGCCCAGUGUUUUCUUUCUUAAACAUUUCUAAUAAAUAUUUAUAACCCAAAAACGGGCAGGAGAAAGAGGAAAAACAAUUUGAAUAAUCCACUGAUUCCGGCUAGACUUAUUAUAAUAACAAAAAAUAAAGGUGCUGCUCUAUUCCAAAGCUGUCCUACAUAGUAAAAGAUGAUUUGGAGAAAUGGAUUGUGUUUUCUUUUGGUACUAAUUGGCCAGGCUUUGAGUAUAAAGGUUUCCAAUACUGCCUAUCACAUACUACAUAAUGAACAUGCCGUGGAUGCCUUUCCCGGACACAGAUAUGAUCAUGGUGGAUCAGCUUUUCCCACGGGUCCAGUGGCAUUGCCAUUAGUCAGCAAUGCUGUGACCGCCUUUGCUGCCACCUCGCCUGCUGCAGCCAAUCCUUUCGUCACUUUGGCUCGAGGCCCCUAUGGACCCCAUUUCCCUCAAGGUGGUCGUGCGGUUUGUGCUGUGCCCCCACAAGCUUGUGAUAAGACCACAUAUCGCAGUUUAGAUGGCUCCUGCAAUCAUAUGGAUCGGCCACAAUUGGGUAUGGCCAAUACCCGUUAUGCACGCCUUUUGCCCCCACGCUAUGGUGAUGGGGUCUCAUCACCCACUGAAUCGGUAACAGGACAAGAUUUGCCCAAUGCCCGUUUGGUUUCGACAGUUGUCUUUGGCGAAAUGGAUGUACCCGAUCCGGAAUUCACACUCAUCAAUAUGCAAUGGGGUCAGAUAGUCACCCAUGAUAUGUCCCUGGGCGCUGGUGGUACACAAUCGAAAAAACAUCCUACACGUUGUUGUACCGACGAUGGCCGUUUGGUGGGCACUGACACAUUGCAUAAGACCUGUUUUGCCAUUUUGGUGCCACCCCAUGAUCCCGCAUUUUCUCAAGUUGGCACUGAAUGUUUGAAUUUCGUGCGUACCCUCACCGAUUUGGAUGUCAAUUGCCCCGACAAUGCUGGGGGACCAGCUCAACAAAUCAGCGUUGUCACCUCCUACAUGGACUUGUCCCUGGUCUAUGGCAACUCCAUACAACAAAAUAGUCAAAUUCGUGCCUUCCGAGGCGGUCGCAUGAUUGUCGAACAACGUAAUGGUGCCGAAUGGAUGCCUGCUUCGCAAAAUGUCACUGGCGAUUGUGAUGCUGUGGAUCCGAAUGAAAUCUGUUACAUGGCUGGUGAUAUUCGUGCUAAUCAAAAUCCUGGCCUUACCAUUUUGCACACCGUUUUGCUGCGCGAACACAAUCGUAUUGCCGAUCAAUUGGCUGCCCUUAACCCUCACUUUGAUGAUCGUACUUUGUUCCAGGAGGCGCGUAAAAUCAAUAUUGCCCAAAUGCAACACAUUACCUAUUACGAAUGGUUACCCAUCUUUUUGGGCACCGAAAAUAUGUUGAAAAAUCGUUUGAUCUACAAUGUUCCUCCCAAUGCUCACGUCAAUGAUUUCGAUCCUAGCAUUGAUCCUUCGGUUAUUAAUUCUCAUGCCACAGCUGCCUUCAGAUACUUCCAUUCUCAGAUUGAGGGACGUUUGGAUCUGAUAUCAGAACUUAGAUCUGUUGAAGGCUCUUUGCGUCUCAGUGACUGGCUAAAUCGUCCCGGUAUCAUUGAAGCUGGCGACAACUUUGAUUCGCUAACACGUGGUCAUGCCACUCAGCCAGAAGAAUUAACCGACAUCAACUUCGACAGAGAGAUUAAGCACUUCUUGUUCAGACGUAAUAUGCCAUUUGGCAUGGAUUUGAGGGCUAUUGACAUACAACGUAAUCGUGACCAUGGUUUGGCCUCCUACAAUGAUUUCAGAGAGUUUUGCGGUUUGAGACGAGCUCAACGUUGGGAGGACUAUGCUGACCUAAUUGAUCAACAAAAUAUCGAGCAACUAAGAAAUCUGUAUGCCAGUCACGAGGAUGUUGAGGUCACUGUGGCCGGUUCCCUAGAGGCUCAUGUUGCUGGAGCAUUGGCUGGCCCUACCUUCCUGUGCAUUUUGACCGAACAAUUCUAUCGCACUCGAGUUGGUGAUCGUUUCUUCUAUGAGAAUGGUGAACGAUAUGUUGGUUUCACUCCAGAUCAAUUGGCUGAAUUGCGCAAAGCCAGUAUGGCUCGCUUAUUAUGUGAUAACGGCGUUAAUAUUCAAACUAUGCAGCCUAAGGCCUUCCUUCGUGUUUCAUCGUCUAAUGCUGUCGUGUCAUGCUCUGAUAUUCCACAAGUAGAUUUGAGCAAAUGGAUUGAUAAGAAACCACUAUUACACUUUGGCAAAUAAACUCCUACACUUCUAAAGAAGCAUAAAUUGUAUAAAAGACAUGGUAACUCCAGGAUGAUGCUAAUCUUUUCUCCCUCCUUGCCUGCCUAAACAAUAUAAGUAUUUUUUAAGUCUUUUGUUGUUUAUUCAAAAUUGUUCAUCCCUUAUCCCAUAUAUGAAUGUAUAUAUAAAUGAC